AUGGUAGAGGCAGCGUUUGAGACAGCCUUAUUCCAGGAGCAGACCCCGGGACUUGCACAAGCGUUUGACGAUGUUGUAAAUGGCCCGGGAUUGUUCACGUCAAGCAAAAGGGGAAAUUCGCGUCUCGAAGUCUAUACUGCUGACUGCAUCACCGAGUUGAAGAGGCAGCGAAAGGAUCGGCAAGAUGCCAGCGCUGUGGAAACCCUGCUCAAACCCUCGGAGAAGGCAUUCUCGCUUGAGAGCCCGCGUCGGCUCCUCGCCACACAGCUAAUAGUCCAUGCUGAGGAUCUCGAAAACUACAUGAGCACUGCGACAGAUCUCCAAGUCUACUUCAUUUCACAACGAAACUCGUAUUCAUUGCUGCAGACCAGCUAUGAACUCUAUUCUACACUUCGUCGCGGGCGUGGUGUCUCCCCCCAAUUCAACGACUACAUAAUCUACUUCGGAUCUCGAGACAACGAGGUCGAGAUCACCCCGCCGGCCAUGAGGCUGCGAGUUUCCACGAAUGUGUCAGCGGUCCGAAGUUGCGAAUGUAUGUAUGGGAUACGCUUUGUGGAAAAAAACACCCUCACCGAUGUUCCUCUCAGCUCCAAAUGGUCCCUGAGACAGUGCGCCAUCUAUUAUCGCCGCACAGAUUCCCACAAAGGACAAACGUGGAUUUUCGUUACGGUCCCGGGGUCUGCCAAAAGACGCAUCGACAGAUAUUUUGCAGAUAGUGUCCUCGGCAGCGACCGGAAUGUACUUGAGGUCGUCGUAUUGAUUGUCGACACGGUAAUGGGACACUGGAGACCGUAUUUGGUUGCACUGUUUUCCGAGACUGAAAGUCACGCUACCCAAUUUUUGGGGGCCUCUCCGGAUAAUCAAGGUCCAAUGGGACAGGCCGAUGCAUCGCAACGACAACAAAUGAUGCUGCUCGACGAUCGAAUGGCCAACUCGUUGGUGGCAAUCAAAGCUACCGAGAAUGACCUACGCUCUCUCAUGGAGCGGAGCCUGCAAGCUGGACUUCACAGAGGUGGCAGUGAUAGCGCAGCUCUUGCUAUCGCUGAAAAACUCAAAGAACUCGAGAAUCUAUCUCUCAAACUGGAGGCAUUGAGAGCACGGCUCGCGGGAGUGGCGAACCUCGUGACCAAUUUUUUGGACCUAAACAACGGGUUCGCGUUGCAGCAGUUGGGAAAGGAAUCGCGGCGGGAGAAUGAUUACAUGCGGAUUUUGAGUGAAAGGAUGCAUGUGCUGGCAGAGAAGAACUCUCAAGAUGCCAGUGCGAUGACCGGACUCACGAUUGUUGGCUUGAUAUAUUUGCCUCUCACUGUGGUUACCAACAUUUUCUCCACAUCGUUUAUUGGAAUGUCGACCACUUCAAACACCAUCAUCAUCACAAAUGACUGGUGGAUUCUCCUGGUGGUGGCGGCGCCUUUGACCAUACUCACCCUGUACGCUUGGUGGAUUUGGAUGAGAGUUAAGGCUUAUUCGAUCUACCCCUCCUGGUGGAAGUAUGUUUGUUUCUAUCGGAGAUCUGCCAAAGGACGCAAACAAGAAGGCAGACUUGAGAAUGACAUGCCAGUCAUGCUUCAUCAGCCCAGCGCCGAUUGGUAUUAG